GCGGCGAGCCCCGGCAUGGUGCGGCCGCCCGGGCUCUGCGCGCUGGCCCUGCUGGCGCUGGGGCUGGGCGCCGGAGCGGGGGGCUCGGCGGCGUGCCGCGACGCCCGGGGCCGGGCCCGCCGCUGCACACCCGCCUUCGAGAACGCGGCGUUCGGCCGGGCCGCCCUGGCCACCAACACGUGCGGCUCGCCGCCCGAGGACUACUGCCUGCAGAUGGGCGCCCGCGAUGCCACCAAGCUGUGCCACCGCUGCGACGCCGGCGACCCCCGGCUCCACCACAACGCCUCCCUGCUCACCGACUUCCACAGCCAGGAGGACAGCACUUGGUGGCAGAGCCAGUCCAUGGCCUUCGGCAUCCAGUACCCCAACUCUGUCAACAUCACCUUGCACCUGGGCAAAGCCUACGAGAUCACCUACGUGCGGCUGAAGUUUCACACCAGCCGCCCGGAGAGCUUCGCCAUCUACAAGCGCAGCCGCGCCGACGGGCCCUGGCUGCCCUACCAGUACUACAGCGCGUCCUGCGAGCAGACCUACGGCGAGAGGCGGCGGCAGCACGUGGGGCCGGGGGAGGACGAGCGGGUGGCCUUCUGCACCGACGAAUUCAGCGACAUCUCCCCGCUGAGCGGCGGCAACGUGGCCUUCUCCACCCUGGAGGGCCGCCCCAGCGCCUACAACUUCGACGGGAGCCCGGCUCUGCAGGAGUGGGUGACCGUCACCGACCUGCUCAUCUCCUUGAACCGGCUCAACACGUUCGGGGACGAUAUCUUCAAGGACCCCAAGGUGCUGCAGUCCUACUACUACGCCAUCUCGGACUUCUCGGUCGGCGGCAGGUGCAAGUGCAACGGGCACGCGAGCCGCUGCGCUGCCGACGCGGCCGGGCGCCUGGCCUGCGCCUGCGAGCACAACACGGCCGGAGCCGACUGCGAGCGCUGCCGGCCCUUCUACCAGGACCGCCCGUGGGCUCGCGCCACCGCCGCCUCCGCCAACGAGUGCCUCCCUUGCAACUGCAGCGGCCGCUCGGACGAGUGCGUCUACGACGGGGAGCUGUACCGCAGCACCGGGCACGGCGGCCACUGCCUGCGCUGCCGCGACAACACCGCCGGGCCCCGCUGCGAGCGCUGCCGGCCCAACCACUACCGCUGGGACGAGCGAGCCGCCUGCCAGCCCUGCCACUGCCACGCCGCGGGCUCCGUGCGGCUCCAGUGCGACAGCUCGGGGGCCUGCGCCUGCAAAGCCAACGUGACGGGCUGGAAGUGCGAGCGCUGCGAGGACGGCUUCCACAGCCUCGGCCAGGGCGGCUGCCGACCCUGCGCUUGCAACCCGGCGGGCAGCGUGGGCACCUGCGACCCGGACACGGGGCGCUGCGCCUGCAAGGAGCGGGUGGAGGGCUCCGCGUGCGAGAGGUGCCGGCCGGGCUCGUUCAACCUGCAGCCCCACAACCCCGCCGGCUGCACCGUCUGCUUCUGCUACGGCCACUCCGCGGCGUGCACGGCGGCGGCCGGCUACGAGGCGACCCGCGUCCGCGCCGCCUUCCAGCGAGGGCUGGAGGGCUGGGCGGCUGCGACGCCGGAUGGCAUCGAAAUCCCUUUGCAUUGGGCUAACGGCGAAAUCUUCACUGAGUGGGACGGAGAGGAGCCGGUGGAUUUUCUUGCACCAGAGAAGUUUCUGCAGAACCAGCGUUUCAGCUAUGGGCAGCUCCUCUCCCUGCUGCUGGCAGUGGAGGGCAACGGGACCGGAGCACCCCUGCCGCGGGUGCAGCUGGUGCUGGAGGGCGACGGCAUGGGCGUCGCGAUGUGGGCCAGCUCCUCCGCAGCCGGCAACGAGAGCCAGCCUGACGGGAGGAAGCAGGCCAUCGCCUUCAGGCUGCACGAGGCAGAGGAGGGUGCAGAGCCUUCGCUGUCAGCCUUCAGCUUCCAGCGCCUGCUUUCCAACCUGACCGCCCUCCGGCUCCGCGUGAGCCGCAGCCCCCUGCGAGGCAGGCUGUCCCUGAGCGAGGUGCAGCUCGCGUCCGCACGCCCCGGCCCGGCCUCGUCGGCCGCCUGGGUGGAGGAGUGCGUCUGUCCCCGGGGCUACGCCGGCCAGUUCUGCGAGUCCUGCGCGCCCGGCUUCAAGCGGGAGGUGGCCUUCGGCGGGCCGCUCGUCGCCUGCGUGCCCUGCGCCUGCAACCGGCACGGCAGCUGCGACCCCCUCGCAGGGCACUGCCGAUGCUUGCACCACACCGAAGGUCCCUCCUGUGAGCGCUGCAGCCCCGGCUUUUACGGCAACCCCUUUGCAGGGCGCUCGGACGACUGCAAGCCGUGCCCGUGCCCCGGCCGCUCGCCCUGCACGCAGGUGCCCAGCAGCGGCGAGGUGGUCUGUACUGGCUGCCCGCCGGGGCAGAGAGGGAAACGGUGCGAGCUGUGUGACGACGGGUUCUUCGGGGACCCGCUGGGGCAGAGGGGCCCCGCGCGUCCCUGCGUCCCCUGCCAGUGCCACGGGAACGUGGAUCCCAACGCCGUGGGGAACUGCGACCCCGAGUCCGGCCGGUGCCUGCGGUGCCUGCACAACACGACGGGCGAGCGCUGCGAGACGUGUCGGCAGGGCUUCUACGGGGACGCGCUGGCUCCCGGUCCCGCUGGGAAGUGCACGCCGUGCGAGUGCAACGCCGAGGGCUCAGCCGCGGGCCGGGACGGCUGCGACGCCGCCACGGGCCAGUGCCGCUGCCUCCCGCACGUGGCGGGCAGGGACUGCGGGCGCUGCCAGCCGGGCUACCACGGCCUGCAGCCCGCCGUGGGGUGCAAGAGCUGCCAGUGCCACCCGGCGGGGUCGCGGGACAGCCGGUGCCACGCGCUCACGGGGCAGUGCUCCUGCCAGCCCGGCGUCGAGGGGACGCGCUGCGACCGAUGCCAGCACGGCUUCUUCGGCCUCUCCGCCGGGGGCUGCCGAGCCUGCAACUGCUCCCCGCUGGGCUCGGUCACGCCGCGGUGCCACGAGAACGGCACCUGCGUCUGCCGCCCGGGCUUCGUGGGCCGCAAGUGCGACCAGUGCGAGGCCAACUCCUUUCCCGACCCGCCGAGCUCCGGCUGCCGCGAGUGCCCUGCCUGCUACGGGCUGCUGAGGGACCAGGCCGAGCGGCUGGAAGCCGCGCUGCAGGACGCGGAGGAGCGGCUGCAAAAACCGGGCUGCGACGGCCCGUGCCCGGCGCUGGGAGACGCGCCCCGGGGCGACGGGCUGUCCGGCCGUCACCUCCCGCGAGGUGCCGGGGCCGCGCUGGCGGAGCAGGCGGGGCGGCUGGCCGGCUCGCUGAGCGCCGCGCGGAGCCGCCUGGGCAGCGCCGGCGCGGCCGCCGGCUGCUCCGGCCGCGGCCCCGGCAAGGCCUGCGCGCUGCUGCUGGAGAUCGGGGCCGCGCUGCGGUCGGCGCAGCGGGACCUCCUGCGGGCUGCGGACACCCUGGCUACCACGGAGGUCCCGCGUGAAGUCCCGCGGCAGCCCACCAACUGGAGCCGCCCGGCGCUGGAGGCCCGAGCGCUGGCCGAGAGCCACGGGGAUGCUGCGGUGCAGGUGGAGUCCGUGGUCAGGAGAGCACUGCGAGUCUCCAACACCAGCUACGCGCUCCUGCAGAGCCUGCUGGAGGAGAGCACGAUGCUGGAGACGCAGCAGGAGCUGGAGGCCAGGUACAAGGAAAUCCAGCGGGCACAGGAGGAGCUGGGCGCUGGCAUGCUGGAGGUGGCAGCAGAGGCCGAGAGAGCUUUCACGGCUGUCCACCAGGCAAACGUGGACAUGGCCAAGAAGCUGCUGCCGAUGACUGCUCCAGGGCAGCAGGAGCUGCUGGCCCGGGCUGGGGCCCUGGUGCAGGACCUGGCGGCGCUGGAGCAGGCGGCGAAGGCCGGGGAGCCGGCGGCCCGGCGGGCUGCCGAGGCUUCCCACGCGCUGGCGGCUGAGCCGCGCCGGGAGCUGCAGAGGACUCGCAGCUUCGGGCAGCUGCGGGACAGGGCUGCCUCUGCCCACACCCUGGCCACCUCGGCGGUCUCACAUGGCAAAGCUGUGCUCUCCGACGCAGAGUCCCUCCUGGCCAACUUGGAAGGCACGAGGAAGGAGCUGAGGCAUCAGAAGGGCCAGGCUGCCCUGAGCAGAAAGAUGGUACUUGUGCGGGACAGGACGAUGGUGGAGGCCCAGAGGAAGACUAAACGGGCAGAAAAGAUGCUGGGAAACUCCUUGUCGGUCUCCACCGCAGCCAGGAGGAUGGCCAGGGAGGCCGAGCAAGUUGCUGGCGAGAGCGCUAAGAGGGCACAGGCUGUGCUGUGGGAGAGCAAGCAGACCCGCAAGCAGGCCAGCAAGCUCACCAUGCACACCAACGAGACCUUGCAGGAGCUCUCCAGACAGGAGCAUGUGGCUGAGAAGCUCAGGGGGAACCUGGAGGAAGCAGACCAGGUGAGGACAGAGGCAAAUCAGUUGGCAAAAAGUCUCCAGGAAGCCCGGGGUUCGCUGCUCUCGGACAUCGAGACCCUGAACGACCUGCUCCGCAGCCUAGGCAAUCUGGAGCAGGCCACGCACGUGGAUGCUGUGCUGAACGCCAGCCGUCAGCAGCUGGAGCGCCUGCAGCUGCGCCUGGCCGAGCCGGGCGCCCUGGCCGGGAGGCUCAGCCACCUGCAGCGGGAGGCGGAGCGGCAGCAGGAGAAGAUCCAGGCGUUCGAGAGCGACCUCGCCGAGAUCCGGGCCGACAAGCAGAACCUGGAGGACAUUCUGCGGAGCCUGCCCGAGGGCUGCGCGAGCUGGCAGUGA